AUGAGAGAAGUUAUCUCCGUCCACAUUGGCCAAGCCGGAGUCCAAAUUGGAAAUGCCUGCUGGGAGCUUUACUGUCUGGAACAUGGAAUCUCUCCCGAUGGUACCAUGCCAGAGGAAAAGAGCAAAGAAACUGGUGACUCCUUCACCACUUUCUUCUCCGAGACCGGAAACGGAAGAUAUGUUCCAAGAGCCAUCAUGAUUGAUCUUGAGCCAACUGUUGUUGAUGAGAUCAAGACCGGAACUUACAGCAAGCUCUUCCACCCCGAGCAGAUGAUCACUGGCAAAGAAGAUGCCGCCAACAACUACGCUCGUGGACACUACACCGUUGGAAAGGAAAUCAUCGACCUUGUUCUUGACCGAGUACGUCGUCUUGCCGACAACUGUACUGGACUCCAAGGAUUCCUCAUCUUCCACUCCUUCGGAGGAGGAACUGGAUCUGGAUUCACCUCCCUUUUGAUGGAAAGACUUUCCGUUGACUACGGAAAGAAGAGCAAGCUUGAGUUCUCCAUCUACCCAGCUCCCCAGGUUUCCACCGCUGUUGUUGAGCCUUACAACUCUAUCCUUACUACACACACUACUCUUGAGCAUUCCGAUUGUGCCUUUAUGGUCGAUAAUGAGGCUAUCUAUGAUAUCUGCCGCCGUAAUCUUGACGUUGAUCGUCCAAGCUACACCAACUUGAACAGAAUCAUCUCUCAAGUUGUUUCUUCCAUCACUGCUUCUCUCCGCUUCGAUGGUGCCCUCAAUGUUGAUUUGACUGAAUUCCAAACUAACCUUGUUCCAUACCCAAGAAUCCACUUCCCAUUGGCCACUUACUCGCCACUCAUCUCUUCUGAUAAGGCUUACCAUGAAGCUCUCUCUGUUCAAGACAUCACCAACAUGUGCUUCGAGCCAAGCAACCAAAUGGUUAAGUGCGACCCCAGAAAUGGAAAGUACAUGGCUGUAUGCCUCCUCUACCGUGGAGAUGUCGUUCCUAAGGAUGUUAACCAAGCUAUUGGUACCAUUAAGACCAAGAGAUCCAUCCAAUUCGUUGACUGGUGCCCAACCGGAUUCAAGGUCGGAAUCAACUACCAACCACCAACUGUUGUCCCAGAAGGUGAUUUGGCUAAGGUCCCAAGAGCCGUCUGCAUGCUCUCCAACACCACUGCCAUCGCUGAGGCCUGGUCUCGUCUUGACCAUAAGUUCGAUCUUAUGUACGCCAAGCGCGCCUUCGUCCACUGGUACGUCGGAGAGGGUAUGGAGGAAGGAGAGUUCUCUGAGGCCCGUGAGGAUCUCGCUGCUCUCGAGAAAGACUACGAAGAGGUCGGAAUUGACUCCAACGAGCCCGGUUAUGAAGAGGGUGAAGAGUAUUAG